AUGCAGCGGCAAAAACGAACCGUCUUCUUCACUGGCGUGCCGCUCUUUAUGGAGAAGGCGAAGCUGCGGCGUCAUUUCGACAGCUUUGGGCGCUCGAUCGACUUUCGCAUGUUCGACCCCGCCCCUGGGAAGGAUUUUCGAAGCGGCCUGGUCGAGUAUAUCGACGAGCGCAGCGCGGCGGAGGCGAUUAGUCAGCUGAACGGGAUGGCAUUCGGCGGCCGCGCGAUGAAGGUGAUCGCCGCCGCGGCGCGUACGGGCAACCACGGCGGGAACGCGAGAGGGAAACGUCGCCGUGAGGCCCCUGGAGGGGGGGGGCCCCCAGUUAAUGCCGAAGGCCGUGAGAUGAUGACCUUCCCACGAAGUUUUCACGAUCCUGUUCUUGGAGGCGAGGAAACCGCGGUGUUAGAGGCACUCCGUCAGAUGCCCGUGGAGGAUGCCUAUGAGGCGGUGGAGCAAUUUCGCGUGCUCGCCUUGGAGAAUCGUCAGGAGGCGCGGGCGCUUCUUGAGGAGAUCCCGGCGUUGCGUUCAGCGGUGGUGGUGGUUCUCCAACACGCGGGGCGACUCCCUGUCAACGCGGAGCUCCCUGCGGAGGCGUUUCAGGUGCGGGGUGGCGCCCCCGCCGAGGCCGCCGGGAUCGCCACCACCCCUUUGGCGGCCCGUGGAGGAGGGGGUAAAUCCCGCACCACGGAGGCUCAAAAGGAGGAGGUGAUUCAGUUGAUUAGUAAGAUGAGCAAGGAGGAUGUGGAGCGGAUUUUGUUGAUGACGGAUUCGGACCUGGCGAGGGUGGCGGACCCUGCUCAACAACAACAGUUAAGAGAGCUUCGGAAUCGUCUUAUUGAGAUGUCCGAGGGGUUAUAG